GUUCCCUGGUUCGGUUCGGUUUGGUUGCUCUGGUUCGAAGCGGCGACGAUGUUGCUCCUGAAAUGGACAUGAGAAAGACGGCCGAUUUAUUUGCUCCUCCGAUGGAUCCGAUCAGCGAUGGUAGACUCACCCUCGAGGGUUUCUCUGUAGCUGCUCGUGCUUUUGCCGAUAAAUGGAAGAGACAUAACCAAUCGUUCCCUCCCUGGUCAUGGGUUCCUCUGAUCAAUCGAACUCUACUUGUUUCGAAUAAGGAGGAAGGUUACUUGUCGCUCGAGAAGAUCUUCAUUCUCAGUUCACUUGAGGAAAGUCCAGAGGAGGAAUCUCUAGAUGUAACACCUGAUUUCUUGGAUAAAGAAGAGUCAAUUGAUCACACCAUCUUGGUCCAAAACGUAGAAAAUGAAGCACACUACUAUGAUUUCCAUAUUGUUUACAGUGCAUCAUAUGGGGUUCCUGUGCUAUACUUUCGUGGAUACUGCAGUGAUGGAAAACCACUUUCUUUGGAUGUCAUAAAAAAAGAUCUGCCCUCAAGCUCUGUUAGUCUUUUGCUGGAAUCUAAGUGGACGUUUAUAACACAGGAGGAGCAUCCGUAUCUGAACAGGCCAUGGUUCAAGCUACAUCCCUGUGGGACUGAGGAAUGGAUCAAGCUGCUUUCUCAAAGAAGCAGCUCUGGUGGUUGUCAGAUGCCAGUUGAGUUGUACUUGGUUUCAUGGUUCUCUGUUGUCGGGCAGGUGGUUGGUCUUAGGAUCACUCUUGAGAUGCUGAAUUAAAGAUACUUCUUGGCCACUGGUUGGAUAUCAUUGGUAGCUCUAGUCAGAGGACUGAUCAUUUGUAAAGAAACAAUUGUUGCAUUCACUCCCAGAAUAUCAGUGGAAUUUAGCUAUUGAAAGGGAACCAAGUGAGCAAAGAGUUUGACUGAGGCUUCAUGUUUUUGUGUUCAACUUAUCAACUCUUCUCGUUCGUAUAUCCCACUAGGUACUAAGAGCAGCUUAUUGACGUAUACAAAGUUAUUUAAUCAUUCUCUCUAUCUACCAUG